UAACUUCUCUGUUUCAUAACUCCCAGCAGAACACAAAAACAGAACAUAAGUUUAACAAAAAAAAAAACACUUUUCGUUCGGACAAUCUAUAACCACUUUGCACCUACAUCAUUACAAGAACUAGUGUUGUAAUGGAUAACAACGAUGGGAUCAUUCUUGCCGAGAUGAGGCCGAAGAGGCGUGCGGGACGCAAAGUGUUCAACGAGACACGUCACCCAGUCUUCAGAGGAAUACGCCGGAGGAACGGCGACAAAUGGGUCUGCGAAGUCCGAGAGCCCACGCACCAGCAACGCAUCUGGCUCGGGACUUACCCUACGGCGGACAUGGCCGCGCGUGCGCACGACGUGGCGGCUCUAGCUCUGCGCGGGAGAUCCGCGUGUUUGAAUUUCGCCGACUCCGCCUGGCGUCUCCCGGUGCCGGAGUCAAACCACCCGGACGUCAUAAGGCGAGCCGCGGCUGAAGCGGCGGAAAUGUUCAGGCCGACGGAGUACGGCAGCGGGAUCACUGUUCUGCCCUCUUACGGUAACGAGGUGUAUAUGGGCUCUGGCUCGGGAUCGGAGGAGCCGAAUAUGUAUGGAUACGUGGAGGAAGAGGAGGAAGUGUCGACGACUAUGAUGAGACUUGCGACGGAGCCGUUAAUGUCGCCGCCGCGAUCGUAUAUGGAAAACGUGACUCCUAAUGGUUACAUGGAAGAAGAGAUGAGUUAUGAAGAUAUGUCACUCUGGAGUUACCGUUACUAAGCGGGAUGCACAUUAGUAUACAUAUGGUUUUUUAAAAUAUGUAAUAUGGUAAAUGUGUGCAAUAGUGUUUGUGAGUUACUGAGUUGUAAGAUUUUUUCCCUCUUGAGGUUUUUUUUUUCUAGAUCCUCUGGUUGAGUUAGGAGGCUCCCUGAUGGAAAUGAAUUUGUAUUGUACUUGCAAGAAUAUGUUAUAAAAUAUUUGGGCUUUAUGUAUC